GCUUCAGCCACCCUCACACAGCUGUUGGGGGCGACCGCGAAAACAUCUCCGCCAAUGCCAUAAUCCGGCGGAUCAUGAGGCCCUCUACGAUUGCAGCCAGCCCCAGGGCGCUCGGGCGCCUGAGUGGACGGUACUUUGGCGGCCGCGGGCUCGGCGUCCGGAGCUUGUCGCAGUCAUGCCGCCUCCUCGAGUUGCAGCAGCGGCCGCAGCAAGAGGAGCGAAAGUGGUCGACGCCGCUGGCGAAGCAGCUCUUCGAGGCCAUCUCGACGACAGGCCCGGUGCCGCUGGCCAGCUACAUGCGCAUGUGCCUGACGGGCGACGUGGGCGGCUACUACAGCGGCGCCAUCGGGGAGGGGCGCGACCAGUUCGGCGCAAAGGGCGACUUCAUCACGUCGCCCGAGAUCUCGCAGGUGUUUGGCGAGCUCGUCGGCGUGUGGUUCAUCGCCGAGUGGAUCAGCCAGGGGCGCCCGAAGCAGGGCGUGCAGCUCAUUGAGGUCGGUCCGGGGCGGGGGACGCUCAUGGACGAUGUAUUACGGACCGUGCAGCGCUUCCCCGCCAUGGCCAGCGCCGUCGACUCCGUCUUCAUGGUCGAGGCCAGCCGCGCCCUGCGCGACGCCCAGAAGACGCUGCUCUGCGGGCCCGACGCCCCCUCCACCGAGUCCAAGGUCGGCUACCACAGCACCGGCAAGCAUCUCGGCAAGCCGAUCGUGUGGACCGAGACCAUCAAGUCCAUCCCCAUAGAGCCGGACAAGAUGCCCUUCAUCGUGGCCCACGAGUUCUUCGACGCCCUCCCCAUCCACGCCUUUCAGACUGCUCCCGCCAAGCAGACGAAGCCCGCACCAGGGGCCGUGGCCAAGGAACAGCAGCAGCAGCAGCAGCAGCAAGGCGAUAACCAUGGCCCUCCGACGCUAGAGUGGCGCGAGAUGAUGGUCUCGCCCGUCCCUCCGGCUGCUCUCGCUCCUCCCAUCACCCUCACCACCACCAGCACGACAUCAUCAUCAUCCUCCUCCUCCUCCUCCUCCUCCUCCUCCGUCAACGACGACACCCAGGCCGCUUCCUCCUCUCCGCCAGAGUUCCAGCUCAUCCUCUCCUCCGCCCCGACCCGCCACUCGCGCUACCUCCCCGACUCCUCCCCGCGCUACCGCGCCCUCAAGCACACCCCCGACGCCCUCAUCGAGGUCUGCCCCGACGCCGCCCUCUUCGCCGGCGACUUCGCCGUCCGCAUCGGCGGGUCCCCCCAGCACCCCAAGCCCGCCCCCAGCGGCGCCGCCCUCGUCCUCGACUACGGCACCGCCGACACCGUCCCCGUCAACUCCCUCCGCGGCAUCCGCCACCACCGCCUCGUCAGCCCCUUCGCCGCCCCCGGCCUCGUCGACCUUAGCGCCGACGUCGACUUCACCGCCCUCGCCGAUGCCGCCCUCCGCGCCAGCCCCGCCGUCGAGGUCCACGGGCCCGUCCCCCAGGCCGACUUCCUCGAGCUCAUGGGCAUCCGCGAGCGCGCCGACAUGCUCGCAAAGGGCGCCCCCAAGCCCGUCGCCGACACCGUCGAAAAGGCCUGCAGGCGCCUCGUCGACCGCGGGCCAAACGGCAUGGGAAAGGUGUACAAGGCCCUCGCCAUCCUACCUGAGAAUGACGGGCGCCGACGGCCCGUGGGCUUUGGUGGAGAUGUUCGGGGUUAGAUGUGCUGUUAUGCUCCACCAUGUUUAUAUCCAUGGGCACGAGUGGAAUCCGCGGUCUAUAGGUGCACAUAUCGUGGCCAUGUGCAGUUCAUGUACCCGCACCUCACCUGAAAAUGGUGCUCAUCAUCUAUCUCAUGUCGCCGUCAGAGUAAAUGCACACAACUUAUAGCAAGUACGGACGAGCUUGGCGAAAUAUUUCCCAUCUAAAUAACGCCCCCGUGACAAUUGGGUAGGAAAACAGCUAUAUGUGCCCUGUACGAUACAAUGCUCCCAAAUAUACCCCGCGAAC